AUGCGAUACUUGCCCACUCUCCUCCUCGGGGCGUCGAGCCUCGCCCGCAACGAAACGGCCGGCAGCAUCUUUAAGCGCUUCAACUCGAGCAAUUGGUGUGGCCCUGUGACCCACGGCUCAGGCAUCACCUCUGUGGAAGGCACCUGGACCGUUCCGGAAGUCUUUCUGCCCAAAGGUGGCUGGCUCAGUGAACGCUACCAGUUCUAUCAGUGGGUUGGUCUGGACGGAACGAGGGACUGCGGCGCUCUGCUCCAAGGAGGAACAGGACAAACCGUAGGCUUCUGUCCCCUUCCGCACCAAGAGGCUCCAAAGACUAAUGGGUACGACUCCGCAUCUGAACCACCCCCCUUGGCACGCCGUAGAUCCCACGAGGCCUCAACUGUUGUAGUUUCCCCCGGAGAUACCGUCUACGUCCGAGUGGACGCAACAUCCCCCAGGAGCGGCACAAUAUACGUCGAAAACGUGUCCACCGGCGAGAGGUACAAAGAAAUGGCGACAUCCCCCGGUCCGUCUCUAUGCUUCGCGACGGCCGAGUGGAUCGCCGAGGCCCCGGGCAGCCCGCCGGAGCCGCUCCCUGCCUUUACGCAGUACGACUUUACCGAUUGCCGGGCGCAGACGUCGUCUGGAAAUGUUCUUAGUCUGUUUGGAGCACAGGACUGGAUCAUGUACAACGGAAAGGGAAGACUUUGCCGUCCGGCGCGGAGAGGGGAUUUUGCGACGAGCAUUAUCUAUGGGUAA